ACCAUGUUGGCCAGGCUGGUCUCGAACUCCUGACCUCAGGUGAUCCGCCUGCCUCAGCCUCCCAAAGUGCUGGGAUUACAGGUGUGAGCCACUGCGCCGGGCCAUAUGUAUGUAUUUCUUUGUGAUGGUGUCCUUAGGCUUUUUUCAGUACUGUACAUAUAGAAAACAAAAUGAAGACCAAAUAGUGUGUUCAGCCUGGUAUCUUUUCACUUGUGAGAAAUUUUUCAUGGGGUUUAAAGCAUGUUUUUUAAUGUUAGCAUUGUAUUAUUUGACCAUUUCACUGUUUUUGGACAUUUAAUUUGCUUCUAGUUUUUCAUUGUUUUAUAUAUAAAAUGUAUAUUGUUCUCCCUCAUUGUCUAAAUCUUUCUCUUUGCCACACUACACUUCAUGUUUCUUAGGAGGAAGAUUUAAUAGUCUUUUAAGCUUGUCAUGAAGAUGAAUUUUUAGAAAAUGCUUGAUCAACAUCAAUUUUACUUUAACCUUUGGUCUCGUCAUCAUUCAUCAUAUUCUAUUACUUUAGCAGCAUUCAAAGAUAAUGAAAGAGAUUCAGAUAAAUUCUUGUUACUCUCAGAUCAAAUUCAUUUACAAUAAAUAUGUGAAUCUUGAUGAUCAGAAGCUAAAAUACUUAUUGAACCUGGACAUCAAGCCAGAUCCUAAAUCUUUAUGAAAAUGCACCACAAAUUCUUCUUGUUACAUAAUCUUUUCUGUAGGUUAAAAAAACCAACAAAUCCUAGCAUGUUGACAUUCUGAAGAAUAUAUGGCUUUAAACAGUCUCUUGCAAACUAUAGUACUGGCUCAAUGAAAUGUUAUACAGCAUCAGUCAGGAUUUUUAAAAUAAAAUGCUGUUGGUUCUCCAAUUGAAGAGUUUCAUUCUGUUUAUGUAAUGAUGUUCAUGUUUGACCUGAAAAUACCUCCUCAUUCUACGGCAUUUCAUCUUCAAGAGAAACCUUAUUAGUAAUUUGUAGAUUAGAAAUAAAGUCACAGAGGGUAGUCAGGAGAACACAGGUCUCUGUAAACCUGACUCUUUUAUUAAACAUACUUUGCCAUGAAUACUUUUCAUUGAGCUGUUUUUCUACCUAUUUAAGAUGAACCAGAUAUGACAUAUUUCUGUAUUUUAUUUCACAAUCCUAUGGUGUAUACCCCCAACACCCACACAGUGGUUAUAACUGUAAAAUGAAAGUUUUGCAUGUGUAACAUGUCGUAACAGUCUUAUUUCACUGCCUUGUUUGAAAUGCAUAUAAAUUUAAAUGUGAACAUUUUAUACUAUUCUUUUAAAGAUUUUAAAUAUUAUAUAUGUAUAAUGCUUUAUUAGAUUAAUUUCUUCCUGUUAAAUUCCCUAUGAACUGUGUAACUUGAGAUAAAAAUAUUACAAUCAUUUAAAAGUGUUAAAACAUGCAGUAAAAUCUUACUCAUUUGGAUUCAUUUAAUUUACAAUUUGUCAGAAAAUUAGAGAAGAAUUAUGUUUACUUACACUAACAGGAUGGGAAAGGGGUCAUGGGGUGAGAGUUGGGGAGGGUUUGGUAAGAAAAUUCCCUUAGAGGAAAUCUCAGUUGCCUAGCGAAUUAUUUUAUGAAAUCAUCAUGUGUGUUGGAUGUUACUAUUUAUGGAGAAUAAGUUGGUAUUCUAAUUACUAGUUUCAUUAAAACAGUUCCCUUAAGGACCCCUACCUGAUAACACUUUUAAGACUGGAUCCAGCCUUUCUUUGCGGAAUCACCAUGGCGGCUGGGACCCUGUACACGUAUCCUGAAAACUGGAGGGCCUUCAAGGCUCUCAUCGCUGCUCAGUACAGCGGGGCUCAGAUCCGCGUGCUCUCCGCACCACCCCACUUCCAUUUUGGCCAAACCAACCGCACCCCUGAAUUUCUCCGCAAAUUUCCUGCCGGCAAGGUCCCAGCAUUUGAGGGUGAUGAUGGAUUCUGUGUGUUUGAGAGCAACGCCAUUGCCUACUAUGUGAGCAAUGAGGAGCUGCGGGGAAGUACUCCAGAGGCAGCAGCCCAGGUGGUGCAGUGGGUGAGCUUUGCUGAUUCCGAUAUAAUGCCCCCAGCCAGUACCUGGGUGUUCCCCACCUUGGGCAUCAUGCACCACAACAAACAGGCCACUGAGAAUGCAAAGGAGGAAGUGAGGCGAAUUCUGGGGCUGCUGGAUGCUUACUUGAAGACGAAGACUUUUCUGGUGGGCGAACGAGUGACAUUGGCUGACAUCACAGUUGUCUGCACCCUGUUGUGGCUCUAUAAGCAGGUUCUAGAGCCUUCUUUCCGCCAGGCCUUUCCCAAUACCAACCGCUGGUUCCUCACCUGCAUGAACCAGCCCCAGUUCCGGGCUGUCUUGGGGGAAGUGAAACUGUGUGAGAAGAUGGCCCAGUUUGAUGCUAAAAAGUUUGCAGAGACCCAACCUAAAAAGGACACACCACGGAAAGAGCAGGGUUCACGGGAAGAGAAGCAGAAGCCCCAGGCUGAGCGGAAGGAGGAGAAAAAGGCGGCUGCCCCUGCUCCUGAGGAGGAGAUGGAUGAAUGUGAGCAGGCGCUGGCUGCUGAGCCCAAGGCCAAGGACCCCUUCGCUCACCUGCCCAAGAGUACCUUUGUGUUGGAUGAAUUUAAGCGCAAGUACUCCAAUGAGGACACACUCUCUGUGGCACUGCCAUAUUUCUGGGAGCACUUUGAUAAGGGCGGUUGGUCCCUGUGGUACUCAGAGUAUCGCUUCCCUGAAGAACUCACUCAGACCUUCAUGAGCUGCAAUCUCAUCACUGGAAUGUUCCAGCGACUGGACAAGCUGAGGAAGAAUGCCUUCGCCAGUGUCAUCCUUUCUGGAACCAACAAUAGCAGCUCCAUUUCUGGAGUCUGGGUCUUCCGAGGCCAGGAGCUUGCCUUUCCGCUGAGUCCAGAUUGGCAGGUGGACUACGAGUCAUACACAUGAAGGAAACUGGAUCCUGGCAGCGAGGAGACCCAGACGUUGGUUCGAGAGUACUUUUCCUGGGAGGGGGCCUUCCAGCAUGUGGGCAAAGCCUUCAAUCAGGGCAAGAUCUUCAAGUGAACAUCUCUUGCCAUCACCUAGCUGUCUGCACCUGCCCUUCAGGGAGAUGGGGGUCAUUAAAGGAAACUGAACAUUGGAAAGAAAAAAAAAAAAAAAGAC